AUGAGUGGAGUUACAGAACCAUAUCACGAGCCUGAGGAUUUCGAUAUUUCUACACUUUUCACCCGAGAUUAUCCUGUCAAUGAAGACAAUCCAUCUGGUACAGCAACAGCAGCGGUGAUGGGUUUUAUUUCAGCUGGGGGAUUAAUUUGCAAUCUCGUUGUUAUUGUUGUUAUUUGUGUGUUGAAGGAUUACAAGAAAACAACUCACUGGUAUGUCCUUAAUUUGGCUGUUGCAGACGGCAUGUUUUUAAUUUUGCUGCCUCUUCAUCUCGUGCAAAGCUUAUGGAAUAAAUGGAUGUUCGGAUAUCCUCUUUGUGUAAUGUACCAGGGAGCAUUCUUUGUCAAUUACUACGCGGGAGUCUUGUUUCUGGCGGUAAUGAGUUUUGAUCGAUACAUUGCUGUUGCUCAUCCUGUGUCAGUAAAAUGGAGAACAAUACGAUCAAGAAUUGGAAGUUUUGUCAUGACAGCGGCUGUUUGGAUUGCUGCGAUCGGUGCCGCUACCCCUCUGAUGAUGAAAACAACGCUGGAGGGAAUUUGUGAUUUUAAUUUCGACACUUUGGAUCCAAGAUGCGUCGAAAAUAACAUUCCAGUUAGAGAAUGCAAGAUAUGGCUUACACUUGAAAACAGUCCUGCAAACAUAUCGGGUGACAAAAGUUUUGAAGAAUUUUUUGACACACAUUACAAAGAUGGAUUUGAACUUGACUACGAGAGCUUCGAAAGUGGAACAAAUCUUCCAUAUGAUUUCGUCAGUCCGGAGGCACUCAACAAACUUGAAGAUUUCAGCUGUUCACAUUCUGACAAUGCCUACUAUCGAGCAUGGAUAUACGGGAAUUUUGUGCUGGCUUUUGUAGUCCCAUUGUCAGUGAUGGGUGCUUGUUACAGCGCAAUCUUAUGGAGAGUCAGACAUCCCAAAAUUCGGUCUUCAAGAAACAAAAUUGUGGCUUCCAUGAGGAGAAAACACUUUACAUCCGGAUCUGAUAAACGACCAUCUACGCAUUUGGACAAAAAUACCAGGAUAACGGUACUCGUGGUGUCGCUAGUAGCGAGUUUUGUUGUCUGCUGGCUGCCGUUUCAUGCAAUGGUUCUUGCAAAAAUACGCGGUAUAAAUAUGCCACCAGGUGGAUGCGAUAAAUUGCAAACUGCAGUCCUACUAAUCGCAUAUUUCAACAGCCUACUGAACCCAAUGCUGUACACGUUUCUCGGAGUCAAUUUCUACAAAAGGUUGAAAACAGCUGGAUCUCAGAUUUUGUCUUUUUCCAGGCGCGAUGGAAGACAUGGUUCAUUUAGAUCAAAACACAAGACAAACCGAUCAAUAGGUGGAACCAAAGUUACAAAGAACUCCAUUGAACCUCAACUUGAUUUUGUAUGUGCGGAGUCGAAGCCGAAACGAUGGAUGUCGGAAACAUCAAGCAAUAUUGCUUCGCCACACCAGGUGAAUGUGCAAUUGAAACCAUUCGUUUAUGAUGUUGAAGAAGUGCCAAUAACAAUGGAUGAAACAAACAAUAAAAAUAUGAACCACAUUGAGGAAAGUCACGCAUGUGAAAAGGAAGAGUUAUUGAAUGAAACACAGUUGUAACUUUCUUUAUCUUCUUUUUAAGCCAACGACAUUCAAUAUAACAAGAUUGUCUUGAUGUGUAAAUAUGAGUGUGUGCUAUUGCACGAUAUUUUUUCAGUUUCAGAAGAUGUUUUUUUUACGAUAUCUAAUAGUAGAUGUGUGUGUAAGAUAAUGUCACAAUACGAAGUGAGCAGACGGCGUACUAGGGGCCUAAUGAAGCGGUUAAAUAGAUAGAGUCACAUUCGCAAAAUAUUUGUACGUGAUGGAUCACGAAUCUCUAUCAAUCGGGCUGCUCACAUCUGUUAUUGUUAACGGACGUGGAAACAGAAAAAAAGAUAAAAAUUAUGAAAUUAUGCUCCAAUGUAAUGAAAAUGAAUACACAUGGAGCUUUUGUAUUUUACGUGGAUGGCACCUACACCUAUAUGCUCCCUAUUUGUUUUUUGUAUAUUCCGCCUUUGGCAGAUGCUACUGGAAUGAGAAUUUGUACACUAUCAAAUGGUGUUUUGGAAUUGUUUUGAUCUUGGGAAGUUAUUUGAACCAUAUUUUGUUUGUUCAUUGAUAUAUAUAUGUACGAUAAUUUGUACCCAUUUUGCCUUACACAUACACCACCCGAUAUACUACAUUCUAAUCCAAGUUCACUGAUUCUAAUAUGAUACAAAUUUAUAUGCGGUAGCGGCUUGUAUUUUGAAAUUUCCUCAUGGAUGAUAGGUAACCGGGCUUUGUUGAAAUUGAAAGAUAUAGGUGGAAUACCCGAUUACUUACGUACUUGGUAGGAAAUUGUGGACAAAAUAUAUUAUUGCAUUUUUUGUAAUUUGGUUGCGACCAGGAAGUUAUAUAUACAGGGUGGGCCAAAACAAUGUUACUCUUUUUUACCAAUGGUAAAUGUGAAAAUGGUAACAUUUUUUGGUCACCCUGUAUAUGGCUAGAGUGAAUGGUGUUUGUAAUAUUGUGUACAUGAAUUUUUAUUUUGAAAACGGAAAUACAUGAUUCUAAGUUUA